AUGCCCAAAGCUAAAAAGUCAGAUCAAAAACCUCAAAAGACCUCCACAGCCGCGCCAUCAGGUCCUCCCGAACCCAACUGGCCACCGCUCCGUCCCCUCCUUCCCGCCGAAGACCUCGCGCUGGAAGCGUUGGUCCCAGAUCAGAUUUAUUUGAUUCGCAAUUUCUUACCCGGUUCGCUCUGUAAGAGCUAUGCCUCAUUCCUUGCUUCGCUCCCUCUCACAACUACGCCGGGUAAACCGAAGAAGGAUGAGGCGGUACGGGUGAACGAUCGGUUUCAGGUCCAAGACGCACGGUUUGCGGAGACGUUAUGGAGUGGGACUGCGAUGAAGGAGCUUGCGACGACGCGCUUUGGGGAACAUGAUGAUGACGCAUAUACUAGUGAUGGGGAGCCUUUAUCUUCGAAAGAGAGGGAGGUUAAGGCGCAGAAAGUCUGGGGUGGAGAACCGCUGGGAUUGAAUCCUAAUAUUCGUAUCUAUCGAUACUCAGCAGGGCAGUUCUUUGCACAACAUUAUGAUGAAUCAAAUGCUUUGACCUUCCUACCCCAAUCCUCUACCAAGGCUGUUCCCGCCCGAACGACUUGGACUCUUCUUAUAUACCUUACGGCAUGUUCUGGAGGCGAGACGAUCUUUUAUCCCGAUCCGACACGAGAAAAUCGAAAUCCAAAACCGAUAUCUGUUGCGCCAGAAGCUGGAAUGGCAUUAUUACACCGGCAUGGGGAUCAUUGUAUGUUACAUGAAGGAGCAGAGGUGACUGGUGGAGAGAAGUGGGUGUUGCGGAGUGAUUUGGUUGUUGGGCGAUAG